GUAGGAUAGGGUUUACAUAUUUAUCCCGGGGGAUAGAAUUGACGAUAAGAUGGCUUAACCAUAUGGCAUAUUCCUGGCGCUUAGUAUAUGAGCCACACCGCCGCACCUAAAUUCCAACUUCCAAAUAAAUUAACCCAUAAUUUUGUAAGCUUUUAAAUUUUUAUUUGAUUCCAGUCAAGAGUCUUGUUGCAUACUUUUUCUAGUCAUAGUUGUUGGUCUGGAAAAGUCUGAUCCCCGUCAACGUUGCAGAAAUACAUUUGUGUUAGUAUGCAGCAAAACUUUUGAAUCAAAUAUGAAUAGUUACCUUUAUUCUUGCUAUAGCAUCUUUGCAUUAUAUAUACACUUACGGUUCCACUGCUGCAAUAGCAUAGAGCAAGGAGUACUCCCGAAGUAUGUGUACCAAGUUAGGGUUAGGCCAUACUUUUAUCCUGAUUUUCCUUGUUCAUCAAUUCCAUUACGAGCUCGGGGACUGUGAGUGUUAGCCAAGUGAAUAUACCCCGUCCAUAGGUUUCAGUCCCGUUACACAAAUUGAUGUAAAAUAAGUGAACAAAAUUAGUUAUCUCCAAAUUGGUAUACAUACUUCAAGAGCGCCGAGCAAGGUAAAUUAGUUGGGCUCACGUAUCCCCUGAUAAAACUUAGUAGAGUCACAAUAUACAACAAAAAUUAAAAUAACUGUCAGAUGGGUUACGCAUAUGAAUUCACUCGUGCAAAACGGCACGAAAAGGUCUGAUGUAAUUGUAACCUAUCUGUUAGUUAUUUUAAUUUUUGUUAUACAUUGUCACUUUGAUUUACGCCCAUGUGAACUCAUAGUUCAGCUUGAAAUAUAAAAAUAACUUUAAUAUCCGCCGCUGCGUGAGAAUUAUUACUUGUGGAAAAAAAGCUUUAAAAAAUAGUGCAACAAUAAUUAGGAUGUUGGCCUCUGAAACGGUCACAGUGACAAAAAAUAAUCCGCGAUUGUGACAAAAUUAGGAAGUAAACACUCGGCCUUGUUACCGAGUUUUCAGUCUUAAUAUUCAAAUUAUUCUAUUAGAAAAAAUCUGAUUUUGCCAGUCUCUAAUCACGUGUAGGUAAAUACUCAUAGAAUGACAAUAAAAAGAUUAACAUUAAAUUACCACGAGUAAUAGUUUCACACAUUUCAUGCACAUUUAAUCAAUGUUUUUUGCGCAUAUAAACGAUUGUAAAACCAUUGAUACUCGCGAGUUUUACUUUUCUCUUGAAAUUAAUUUUCACUAUUUUUAUCGUUCCAUUUCUAACAUUUGUUUCUCUCCGGAAAUACCUCAUUUAUGAAGAAAAAAAACGCUACGUGGUUACAACUGAUUGCGAAUUAAAUAAUGGUCGAAGAUUAGCAAGUAUAUUCUUGAAAUAGGCAUACCUAAUAUUCACCAACCGACUACAGAGGGAGGCGAGCUACACGAAACUCUGGAAUGUUUUUAACAGACGUCUUACGGAGUUGUAAAUUGUACGAUUAAAGCACUUACCGGUAUUUAAUUCUACCGUAAUCCUGGCUGAGCGCCUCAAGUUCCUUAGACUUUCCUUUGGUAUGUUGGUUACUCGCUUACACUAUAAUAUUAUUAUUAUACAUCUAUUUGGGCAUCACGGACAAUUUCUAAUUUGAAAUAAAUGAAAACCCAACAAGAACAUAUCAUAAUUAAUACUCAGACGUAAAAUAUAAACAUUCAUUAAAAAAGUUAUUAUUUAAGGAAGACAACAUGAUCGUACAAUUCCGCCAGAUGUUGGCCAGUGAGAUGAUAAAUAAAUGCUUCCCCUGUAUUCGAUUAAUCAACUUUCUGAAUGACUCCAAUAAAUUCACUAAGGAAGGAACAAAUCCCGUCAAACUUGCACUAGAAAAUCGUGUAAUUUGGUCACAAUUCAUCGAUGUCAUUGACAGUCACAUGACCACUCUCGUUUGAAGAAACGCACUGCUUUGUAUUAGGACAUCUGGUUUCAAAGACGCCGCCAACUGUUUUUGCGGGAGAAGCGGAAUCGGUGUGCUUGUAUAAUAAUCAUAUUAUAAACAAGAAUUUUGCCGUUUAAUGCGAAAGCUUUAUCUCAAAUGUAUGCACCACAUAGGUUAGAAUUCCAGCAAAUAUCUUAUGUAAUGCAAAAUUGGGUUACAAAAGUACUAGUAGGCAACUUAUUUGUCAACUUCAUACUGGCACAAAAAUAAUUGUCAACUUGGAAUUUUUGCUCUUAAAAUCGGAAAAAAGUGCUAUUUCGUACCUGUUGGAUUAGUGAUGGUUAGAGCUAUCAGAGAGUAUUAUCAGAAAACAGGUUAUAAGGUUGGAUUCAAACCAGCAAGAGGAAUCCGUAGUGCGAAGGACGCUCGUACUUGGCUUGCCUUGAUGAAAGAAGAGUUGGGUGAUGAAUGGAUGAGAAAUGACUUGUUUCGGAUUGGAGCUUCCUCCUUGCUCACUGAUAUUGAAAGACAGAUAUAUCACCGGGAGAUAUGCAUCUGCUCAUUGGCUACCAAUAGCAUGAGUUCUGAAUGUCAAGUUAUAAUCACUUCCAAAAAAUUUCCAAUGUACGGACUAUUUUAGGAAGUACUUUGGUUUUUGAGCAUUAAGUAAGGGCGCUCCCGUAGUAUGUGAACCAAGAUGGUGGACACCGGAACAUAGUAUGUGUACCAGGUUAUGGUUAGGUCAUAAUAUCUUUCCAAUUUUCCUCAUUUUAGUUAUAUUCCGAGUUCAGGGACUAGCCAAGUGACCCCCGUAAUAUUUGUACCUGAAAUUGACUGUUGGAGAAAUUUCAAUUUAAUCAUGUGUUUUAUUGGGGGAUCUUCGAUUGCGUGCAAAUUUUACUCAAUACAGAGUUUAAAGAUGCAAUAAAUAAUAUACACACUUUAUCAUUUUCUUUGUUACUCAUA